CUGACUUUAAUCUCAGAAUUCUGACUUUUUUCUCAGAAUUCUGACUUUAAUCUCAGAAUUUUGAGGUGGGCACCUGCAGGCAUCCAUCUUCAGUGACAGGGAUGUGUCCAGGUGUGCAGGUGGAGACCUAAUUCACUAAACAUGGUGGAUAUAAGUGAUUUUUUGCGUGGCCGAGGGGUCCCCGAAGAUGCUGUUUUAUUAAUGGAAGAGCAGAAGAUUGACUGUGACGUCAUAGCACUGAUGGAUGACGCAACUUUGGCAAACUACAUUCCCUCGUACGGAGACCGAAUUGCCCUCUUCAAUUUCUGCAAAAGCAAGCAACCACUGUCAAAAAGAAAACUAGGACUUCUGCAAAAACUUCACCUCUCGAAGUGAGAGAAACAGUCGCUGACAUGUCAGAUUUGGAUGACUUUAUAAGACUGUAUUUCAGACUUUCCUUCAGUAACAAAGAAAUACUUUCAAUUUUAGCACAUAGUCAUCAGACAAUUAUAAGUGUUCGAACUCUAAAGAGAAUUUGUAAAAGACUUGGGCUCUUUAGAAGGAAGAAUCAAUCAAACUUGGAGGAAGUGCUAGCCUUUGUCCAACAAGAGAUCAUGACAAAUGGACAGAUGCAAGGUUAUCGUUGGCUACAUCUUCGUGCAAUUCAACAUGGAUUUGUGGUGUCACAAGAUACUGUAAGAUGCAUAAUCAAAUUGGUAGACCCUCAAGGUGUGGAACUGAGACGAGCUCGACGGUUGAGAAGACGUCAGUACAGCUGCAGAGGGCCAAAUGCUCUCUGGCACAUGGAUGGCUAUGACAAGUUGAAACCAUAUGGUAUUGCUAUCAGUGGCUGCAUAGAUGGUUUUAGCCGCUAUGUUGUAUGGAUGGAGGCUUAUACCACAAACAAUGACCCUAAAUUGAUUGCAAGUUAUUUUCUGAAAACAGUUUCAUGCAUCAAUGGAUGUCCAGAGAGGUUACGUGCUGACCGAGGUACAGAAAAUGGUUGUGUCGAACAAAUGCAGAUGUUUUUACGGAGAAACCACACAGACAGUUUUGCAGGUGAGAAAAGUUUCCUUUACGGAAGAAGUACAGCCAACCAACGUAUAGAAGGAUGGUGGGCUACCCUACGCAAACAGAGUGCACAAUUUUGGAUGAACUUAUUUCAAAGUUUUCAGGAUGAUGGCCACUUCACAGGGGAUUUUUUGGACAAAAGUCUUAUCCAGUUCUGCUUUCUCAAUCUUAUUCAGGAUGAACUUGAAGUUGUGAACACAUGGAACUCGCACAAAAUCCGGCCAAGUGGUAGUGCAGCAUCGGGUCGACCAGUAGUAAUGUACUCAUUUCCAGAGCUGCACAGUGCUGAGGACAGACUGAAACCUAUUUCUAUGGAGGAUAUCACUUUGUGUAUGGAAGAGUGUAGCCCAAAAGGUCAAUACCCCUGUGAUGAAACAGUCUUUGAACUGUGUUGUCUGCUUAUGGUAGAAAAUGAAUGGGAUGCCCCAGGAGAUCCACUUGGUGCUGCAGAUCUGUAUAUUAGGUUAAGAGAAGAAAUACUGCAAAGUAUUUAAGAAACUUCAGUGUGUAAAUGUACAAAUAAAUACAAAAUAUUUCUCUUUA